AUGGCCCAGAACAUGCUGACUGUGAAUGGAGUUGAUGUGGGCUCUAUGCUCUCCCAGCCCACACACAUUGACAUCCACAUCCACCAGGAAUCCACUUUGGCUCAACUGCUAAAAGCUGGGAGUUCCCUGGUGGAGCGCCUGUCUCACCGUCCUGCCAAGGCCAGGAUAGGCUAUGGACAGCUGGCACUAGGGGGGCGUGGCUUUCCCCAUCUCGUGCGGGUGACCCAGCUGUUGCUCGGGGCUAUCAGCUGUGCCCUUGGAGGCCUUCUCUACUUGGGACCCUGGAUUCAGCUGCGGGCCUCGGGCUGUGCCUUGUGGGCAGGGUCUGUGGCCGUUGCAGCAGGAGUUGGGGCCAUUGUCCACGAGAAGCGCCGGGGCAAAAUCUCAGGCUGCGUAUCAGGUCUGCUCACUCUGGCUGGCAUUGCCACGGCCGUGGCUGCUGUCGUCUUCUGUGUGAAUAGCUUCAUCUGGGAAGGUGAUGGCUUCGACGACAUCAGCUCUGUGUGUGAUUCCUUAGUCCCUGUCACCCCCACCUCUUGGUACCAACGAAGAAGUUCCUACUCAUCGUGGGAGGAGGAGAACUGCAGAAGAUACAUGCAAAUGCUGAUGGAUCUGUUCCUAGGAAUCCGUGCUCUGCUCCUGGCUAUCUGUAUCCUGCAGGUCAUUGUGUCCUUGGCUUCCCUGGGCGUGGGUCUUCGAAGCUUCUGUGGCCAGAACUCCCGAGCCCUGGAUGAGGAGGGAUCAGAGAGGAAUCUGCUGGGGGAGAAUUCAGUGCCUCCCUCCCCCUCCAAGGAGAAGACCACGGCUGUCAUUGUCUUGUGA